UGUGCUUCUUCUUGUCUGUUCCUCCUGGUUUCUGCAUCUGUCCUGUUCAAUCUUCUCUUUGCCUCUCUCUGACUUCAUGGACGUUGGCACUUCGGUCUUUGGUCUGGGUCCAGCCCUUUGCCCUCCCUACCUCUAUUCCUGAUAUUCCCUUUCCCUCGUCCAGUGGACAGAGGCGUCACACUGUGCCACGGAUGCUUUUAGGCCCUGGCUGUAGGGACAGAGUCCCGAGUGGGCUGAGUUUUCUCCCACCUCACGUGUGUAGUAAAUACAUGCAUGUCAGCAUUCAGAACCAUUACUCUUGGGCUCCUCCCCCUUUUGGGGCCCAGCAGGUUUGGAUCUUUUUUUUUUUUUUUUUUUUUGACGGAAAUCUCGUCUUCCAGGAAAGCUCACAAAUGCUUCACUCAGGCAUUUGGGGUCAAAAAAUGAUGAGGAAAAUGUGUUUGUUGAGAAAGCUGAGUGCCCAGAGUCUGGCCCAGAGAAUCAGCCUUUAUUUUUUCCUGAUUUGGGGUGUUCUUGUCUGUCCCCCCUGUUGGGGCUGGGAGGGGGUCGGGGGCGCCCUCCCGCCCUUUCCUCAGGGAAAGCCACAGGGCAGCUGACUGAGAAGCCCAGAAUCCCAAAUGCUUGACUCACCUCUUUUGUCCCCUUUCCUUCUUUCUCUCUUAGCAAAAGAUGGGGAAGAAACAGAAUGGCAAGAGCAAGAAAGUGGAGGAAGCGGAGCCUGAGGAGUUCGUGGUGGAGAAGGUGCUGGACCGGCGCGUGGUCAAUGGCAAAGUGGAAUAUUUCUUAAAGUGGAAAGGCUUCACAGACGCUGACAACACAUGGGAGCCUGAGGAGAACCUGGACUGUCCGGAGCUGAUCGAAGCGUUCCUGAAUUCCCAGAAGGCUGGCAAAGAGAAGGACGGCACCAAGAGGAAGUCUCUGUCGGACAGUGAGUCCGACGACAGCAAGUCCAAGAAGAAGCGCGAGUCGGCGGACAAGCCCAGGGGCUUCGCCAGGGGCCUGGACCCGGAGCGCAUCAUCGGGGCUACAGACAGCAGUGGAGAGCUCAUGUUCCUCAUGAAAUGGAAGGACUCGGAUGAGGCCGACUUGGUGCUGGCCAAAGAGGCCAACAUGAAGUGCCCCCAGAUCGUCAUCGCCUUCUACGAGGAGCGGCUGACCUGGCACUCGUGUCCCGAGGACGAGGCCCAGUAGUGGCGGCGCCCCCGCCUGCCCACCUCUCCCCGCCUCUCUCUCUCCCGCCAUCUGGCUCUCGGCCUCCCCGAGCCGGUGCCUCCCGAGGCCGCGGGCCAGGUGCUCCGUAGGUUUGUUUCUGUUCGGUUUGUUUCGUUUGGGCUGGUUCUUGUUCUGCAUCCCCCACGCUGGCGAGCGAGCAAGGGCGCCGCUCCUGCCGCUCCCGCCAUUGCCCCCAUGGACUGAGAGAGCCUUCUCUGCCUCCGCCGCAGCCCUUCCCCACCCAUCCGGCGGCCCUCGCUGGUUGUGACCAGAACAGGAAGGGGGGAGGGGCGCCGCCUCGUAGGGACGCCCCAGGAACAGCCUCUCCCUGCAGCUGGGGGGGACCCUCUGACCCGGGUGGGGAAGGGCUGCCGGAGCCGGCGAGGACGUUUCCCUCCCCCGCUCGAUGGAACCGUUUCGGCCUUGAUUUUCAAAGAGAAGAACUUGGACUUGGUGCUCCCGCGCGGGCCAUCCCCCCUCGUCCUCAGCGAAGGGUCCCCGCAAUCAUGUAGUGACGCCCCGAGCCCGGCCGGCCCUCGGGGGACGCGGCGCCCCGUGUGUGCUCCUGUCCGCUGCAUGCUGUCCUCCCGUAGCCCGCCGUCCCCAUGCCCAGGACCAGCCUUCUAAGUAUUUGGGUGGCUCGGCUCCCCGGGGCCGGCCAAAAAAGAAUAACUUUGUAGUCAUUGGAAUGUUAUACGAUUGUAUAUUGUUUACUUUAUUGUAAAUACUGGUGAGCAGUGGUCAAUAAAUAGUUUUAUAUUCUUCCUUUA